GCUGCACCACCGCCACCCUCACAAUUCAUUGGACCUCCUAAUUGGAACAACAAAUUGGGUAAUUGCGCUUUUUGUACGUGUGUGUGUGUAUGAAACAAGCCAUUCACGUUUUCUUUUAAUUAUUGUCAAACAGUACCCCCAAUAAAUUACUAGUAAUUAAUCAGUUUCUUUUCAACUUUGGUAGACUUUUACUAUUCCCUUUCUUCUUUUAUUUUUUGACCCGUGCAUUUUUUGACCCGUGUAUUAAACGGGUCUAUAUUCCUCGGAUCUUCACAAAAUAUUCUCUUCUAAGUUCUACCUCUCAUCUAUUAUUACAGGAACUAAUUCCCUUCUUUACAAUCUCACUACACCCAAAAAGAAAGAAAAAAAACACUGUUGCGUUUGUUCUUUUAGAUCUGAAAUUAUUUAAAAAUUCCAUGUGUUGAAGAAACCGACAAAUUUUUUUUUUUUAAAUCUGGAGCUGUAGCAGAGCAUGUGAAUAGUCCGGUAAUGGCAAGUAAAGACCGGCCCGGUUGUUGCAACCCGGUUAAGAAACCCGGCCCGGUUUCAAUGGACCAUGUUUUAUCAGCAUUAAGGGAAACUAAUGAAGAGAGAGACCUUAGAAUUAGAAGUUUGUUUAGUUUUUUUGAUUCAGACAAUGUGGGUUACUUGGAUCAUGUGAAAAUUGAAAAGGGAUUGUUUGCUAUGCAAAUUCCAGUGGAUUAUAAAUUUGCUAGGGAAUUAUUGAUAGAGUGUGAUAAAAAUAAGGAUGGGAGAGUGGAUUAUCAGGAGUUUAGAAAGUAUAUGGAUGAUAAAGAGUUGGAGUUGUAUAAGAUUUUCCAGGGUAUUGAUGUGGAGCAUAAUGGAUGUAUCUUGCCUGAAGAGCUAUGGGAUGCACUUGUAAUAGCUGGGAUAGAAAUUGAUGAUGAUGAACUUGCACGUUUUGUGGAACAUGUUGAUAAAGAUAAUAAUGGGAUUAUCACUUUCGAAGAAUGGAGGAAUUUUCUUCUACUUUAUCCACAUGAGGCCACCUUGGAAAAUAUUUACCGGUACUGGGAGAGGGUAUGUCUUGUAGAUAUUGGUGAACAGGCUGUCGUACCGGAUGGCAUCAGUAAGCAUGUUCAUGCAGCUAAAUAUUUGAUUGCUGGGGGAGUUGCAGGAGCCAUUUCUCGUACAGCUACAGCUCCCUUUGAUCGGCUAAAGGUGGUUUUACAAGUUCAGACUACUCGUGCUUCUAUUGGUCCCGCUGUCAGGAGCAUAUGGAAUGAUGGUGGUUUAUUGAGUUUUUUCAGGGGAAAUGGAUUAAAUGUGAUGAAGGUUGCACCUGAAAGUGCAAUCAAGUUUUACGCUUAUGAAAUGUUGAAAAAUGUUAUUGCUCGUACAAAGGGUGAGGAACAGGGCGACAUUGGAGCUUCUGGACGUCUUGUGGCUGGGGGCUUGGCUGGUGCAGUAGCACAGACUGCUAUCUAUCCCAUGGAUCUUGUUAAGACUCGGUUACAAACUCAUGUAUGUGAAGGUGGAAAGGUUCCCAAUCUGGGAAAACUAUCAAAAGAUAUAUUGAUUCAGGAAGGGCCUCGGGCCUUUUAUAGAGGGCUGAUACCAUCUCUUCUUGGAAUUAUACCUUAUGCAGGCAUUGAGUUGGCUGCCUAUGAGACGUUAAAGGAUAUGUCCAGGAUUCAUAUUCUUCAUGAUAGCGAACCUGGUGCUCUUGUGCAACUGGGUUGCGGGACAGUUUCCGGAGCACUUGGAGCAACUUGUGUUUAUCCUUUGCAGGUCGUAAGAACGAGAAUGCAAGCUCAACAUACAAAUACUGAUGCUGCUUACAAGGGAAUGUCUGAUGUGUUCCGGAGAACAUUUCAGCAUGAAGGUCUCAGGGGAUUUUACAAAGGUCUUUUUCCAAAUCUUCUAAAAGUAGUGCCAGCAGCAAGCAUUUCUUAUCUCGUUUAUGAAUCCAUGAAAAAGAAUCUGGAUCUCGAUUAGGUGGUGUAAUCUUGGAAGGUGCGCUCUACAUUUGAGGUUAAAUCAGCUGAUUCUGAGGACGAUGAUGAUGGUGAUGAAAAUGACUUAGGUUAUUAGUCUUAUUGGUGAUAUGAUUGUUGAAAUCAUACGCCCAAUUUUUACUUGUCAAGAAAAAAAAAAAAAAACACUUGAUUGAUGCCCCCAUUGGAUGUUGAAGAAAUUUUAACGGAGUUUUCUUCUUCGACUGACUGAAUAACUAUGUUGGCAAUUGAGAAUAGUCUUCACAUGGUCGUUUCCGUCCGAGUUACAGGAAUAUACUCUGUAAACUAAUUCUAAUUUACAUACACAAUGGAUACUGUGAGGUGUAUACCUUACCACUUUUGCAAAUGGAUGAUCAAACUCAUCUCGCUCCA